CCUGGCGUUUUUGGCGCGCGACAGCUCGUGACGUAGCUUUAGUGCCAGCUUUGGUAACUUAGUGCCUGCAGCACGCUAAGGAGCUGGUUGCAGGUGCUGGAAGCGUCAUCCCCCGUCAAUCCCCCAACAAAAAUAACAGCAGCCCGACACCGCGAACACGGCUGCUGCCAGCCACUGUUGCGUUAUUGCGUCUUUAUUUGGUUGCUUUUCUUUUUUCCUGCGAGCACGAAUAGCACAGCGUCUCCCAUCAGCACAGCGACCGACACCACAACCAGCAUGAGGUCGGGAAGAUGACGGAACCCUCACCCGAGCUCCCAGACGAGCAGCCGCCCAAAGCUGAGGCUACUGAGCAAGUCGAUGCAGUAGCAGAAGUCGAAGAGCGAAAUGAUACAGCUAUAAAAGAUGACGAGGAGGCCGCAUUAAGUGCCGAAGGCGCUGCCGGUGACAAGGCGGACGCCGUUGCGGGCGAUGACAGCACAGAGGCCGACGAAAAUAAAAGCCUAAGCGACGAUGACGAAGAUGGGGAGGAAGAGGAAGAGGAAGAAGAGGACGAAGAAGAAGAAGACGAUGACGAGGAAGAGGAGGACGAAGAACCGCGGCUAAAUUAUGUGAGGAUGACGCAGCACAUUGCCUCGGUUUACCGAAACGGUGAUGCGACAAGUACUUUUCUCGUCGCUGGCGAUAAACUGAUUGUAGGAACGCAUAAUGGUAAUAUUCACGUCAUCCAAUUGCCUACCUUUCGUACUCUGAGAGUCUACCAUGCACACUCAGCUUCCGUCACAAGUAUAUCGAUAUCUCCAUACCCGCCACCACUACCUACUGAAAAUGAACUUGCGCCAAAGGUGUUACCACCUGCAACGAGAGACGCAGAACCGACACCAACCACACCCAAGAAAUCUAGGGAGCCACAGCAGCUUCCCAAAAUCCCAUCGAAUGAUAUUUAUAUUGCAACAUCCUCAAUGGAUGGAAAUGUCUGCAUUCAAUCACUUUUAGACGUCAAAGAUGUUCAGCUCCGCAACUUUGGCCGCCCUGUGCAAUGCGUCGCACUGUCCCCAGAAUAUAAAUCGGACAAGACAUUUCUGUCUGGUGGUCUUGCCGGCCAACUGGUCCUCACAGUCGGUGCAGCACCCGGACGAAGUACAUCUACGACGACUGGAACGGCUGCUGCUACGGCAGCAGGAUGGCUUGGAAGUGUCGGUUUGAGUACCAGUACCGCUAAAGACACUGUUAUUCACUCUGGAGAAGGCACUGUGAGCUGUAUCAAGUGGUCGUUGUCUGGGAAGUACAUCAUGUGGCUGAAUGAGCACGGAAUCAAAAUCAUGCGGUCCAAGCUCCAUCUCGAAUCUGCAAAUCUGGACGAUGCCUGGAAGCGAAUCGGCCACAUUGAUCGACCAGAGACCGACGAGUGGGAAACCAUGGCAAGCGUGUGGAAAGGACGUGCGGAAUGGAUCGACGAAAAAUCUUUGGAAGUCGAUAAUCUGCGUGUGGGAGACGGAGAGGUUGCCAAAGAAGUCAAGCCUGUCAAGGCUAGUGUAGAGCGGCUGCUUGUCGGCUGGGGCGGAACCAUCUGGAUUGUUCAUGUCCACGACGGAAGACCUACCAAGCGCCAACCUGAAAGGACGGCUGGAAAGGCUGAGAUUGUCAAAAUUCUACGCAUGGACUCUAUUAUAUCAGGACUGGCAUUGUACACUAAGAGCCUACUCAUUGUUCUUGCAUUUUGCCAUCCCGACGAAGAUGAUGAAGAGGAGGAGGAGCGCAAGCAGUCGAGGAAGAAAGGUAGGGAAUCGAUUGGUUCCACCAGUAGCGAACCAUCAGGUGGCAUUCGGCGCAAACAGAAUAACCUCCCGCCCGAGCUGCGACUUAUCGAUCUCGAUUCACAGACGGAGGUGGACAAAUACAGUCUUCCUGUCAGUCGUUAUGAGCGCCUAUUUGCAGCUGACUACCACCUCGGCGUCCUGCCUGCUCGAAGUGCGGCUUCCGUCAUUGCCAGCAAAGGAGCAUUGGAGACAUUGACGGGGCUUGGAGCAGACAUGUGGCACGCAGCCAUUAAUCCCAGGGCUCUCUUCAGCUCGGGCGCGAGUGUAUUCAGCCAUUCAAGUGACAAUGAUACAUCUUCAAAAGUCCCUAGUGCUAGUGGCACUCUUCGAAGCACGCCGUCCAAAGCACCGCCUCCAGUUGUUGACCCCGGGAUGGCCAAGCCUGGUGCCAAGAUCUUUAUCCAGAGUCCAUAUGACUGCAUUCUCGCCACAAAACGCGAUCUUACAGAUCACCUCAAAUGGUUGAUUGAACGCAAAGAGUACGGCAAGGCGUGGGAGCUUCUUGACGAAAACCCGGAAAUCUUGACAGCGCCGUUUGAGAGGCAGCAUGGCCACUCCAUGUCAACUUCAUCUCAGCCUGGCAUUAAAGAGGAAGACUUCUUCUAUGAAGAGUCUGUAGCAGACUCUACUACAGCAAGACUAGUGCAUUCUGCGACCGAAAAGGAAAAGCGACGCGUAGGCGAGCUCUGGAUUCAGCAGCUUGUUGAGCAGGGUGACUGGAAGUCGGCGGGUGCAACCUGUGGCAAGGUGCUAGCAACGGCAGACAAAUGGGAGAAGUGGGUGUGGGCAUUUGCCGGCGCAAACAAGUUUGACGAAAUUGUUGACUAUAUCCCAUCAGCCCAGAUGACGCCGCCAAUUCCUACUACCGUCUACGAAGUCGUCCUCGGCCACUACAUUCAGUCAGACAAGGUCAGGUUUGGCGAGCUCUUGAAUUUGUGGCCUCUGGAUCUGUUUGACACGAAAGCAGUGGCAAAGGCUCUGGAGAAUCAGCUUAAAUUCCGAGAUGUCCGCGAAGAUAGCAUUGAAGGUGGCGAAAGGGGCCGGGACUGGAAGAUUGUAACGGAGAGCCUGGCUAGACUAUAUGAAGCGAGUGGCAGACAUCGAGAAGCUUUGAAGUGUUUCAUCAAGCUCCAUGAUGCGGACAAUGCUUUUAGGCUGAUCAAAGAUAACCAUCUAGCCGAGGCGGUUAUUGAUGACAUCCCUGCCUUUAUUAGCCUUCGCGUUACUGCUGAUGAGCUAGAUUCCAUGUCAGAGAAAGAGCUGGCUGAGGCGACUUCUGAAGCUAUUGCUCUCUUGGUAGACGAGGCUCAGCAUGGACUGGUGCCACCCAAGACCAUUGUCGACCAGCUUCAGGCAAAGCAGAUGCCAAAGUAUCUAUUCUUUUACUUGCGGGCUCUUUGGCGCGGCGACGGCGUUAAGGACCACGUCGGGCCAGAGAAUGAGCGCAUCUUGCAAGAAAGCAAAGUAUCUGUUGAUGAGUUUGCCGACUUGGCAAUCCACCUCUUUGCCUCUUACGACAGAGACAUGCUAAUGGACAUGCUCAAAACGUCGACGGCGUACACAUUUGACAAGGCGGUGCAGGAAUGCGAAAAGCACGAGUACUACGACGAACUAGUGUAUCUGUACUCGAAAACCGGGCAGAUGAAGCGGGCUCUGUACCUCAUUAUCGAUCGUCUACACGACGUCCAGAAAGCUAUUGACUUUGCCAAGGAGCAGGAUGAUCCAGACUUGUGGGAGGUACUGCUCAGCUACAGCAUGGACAAGCCGACGUUUAUUCGCGCGCUGCUCGAGCAGGUCGGCACUGCCAUCAACCCUAUCACACUCGUCAAGCGAAUCCCUGCUGGUCUCGAGAUUGAAGGUCUCCGCGAAGGCCUGAUCCACAUGAUGAAGGAGCACGAGCUGCAGCACAGCAUCAGCCACGGCGUCGCCAAGGUGCUUCGCAGCGAAGUAGGUGCCACACAGAAUGAGCUGCGCGCCGGACAGCGCAGAGGCGUCAAGUUUGAGCCUGCCGAGUGGAAGUACCCGCCAGCGGAGCUCCAGCAAACCAACGCCGUGCUGCACGGCCUUGAGAUGCCGGCCGUUAAGCCGGGCCACUGUGCGCAGUGCCACGAGGCGUUUACCGAGUACGAGAUGGAGACGCUGCUGGGGUACUCGUGCGGCCAUGUUUUUCAUCUGAGCCAUCUGCUGGAGCUGCUACAUAAUGGACAGGUCGAUGUCGAUCUCGGGGGUAAUUCGAUGGAGAGCAGCCGGUACCUGGUGGGCAUGAAGGUGAUGAAGGCGCGGCUGCUGCGUGACAAGGUCAAGGGCGGAUGUCCGCUGUGCCAUCCAAAGUAGAUAUAGGAGUUGUUCUUUUUUGUUCUGGGAGAGGGGGUACGACUACCCUUGGUUUUUUGUAAUACAUAAAGCAUACACAUAUUAGAUACCAAAAAGCACGUUGCUGUUUUCUUUUGU